CUAUUUUGGACCGAUAAGUUAUUUUGUUGUGUGUGUAAUUUUUUUUAUAUUUGUACAUAUCUAAUUGUUUACGAAAUUUUCGUCAAGCUAGGAAAAGAAGAAAAGCAUAUUUUUGUAGAAUUUCUGAGACUUUUUAAGUGAAGGUUCAUAUAAAUUUUAUCAGUUGAACUGCAAGCAGUGAUUUAUGGAUGAAAAACGAUAUAUCAAAAGAAAGCUGAAGGCACGAAGUGAUGGCAAUAAUCUGCAGUUGGCUGCGUGUUGCAACAAUCUAGGUGACUUUUAUAAUCAACAAGGCAAAUAUCAAAAUGCGGCUCGUGAAUAUCAACAGGAAGCUGAGCUUUAUGCCAAACUUGGUAAAAAGUUGGAAAUGGCAAAAGCGCAGCGCAUGUUAGGGGAAAUGUAUAUGUUGCUUAGCGAGUUUGUUGAAGCUAAAGAGCAUAUAAAUCUAUACCUUGAUACUGUUAAGAAAUUACAUAAUAAAGUGGAAGAACAGCGAGCAUAUGCUACUUUGGGGCGAGCACACUUGUUGCAUGGUCAAAGCAUGGUCGAAAGUUCAGCUGGGUCAGCAAUGGAUCAGCUGAAACAUGCAGAAAGAGCUUUUCUUAAAAGUUUGCUUUUAAUUAAGGAACUUUCAGGUCAAAUUUCCAAACAGGAACAAUUGGAUAUGCAGGCGCGCUGUUAUCUUAAUAUAGGUGUUGUGAAAGAACAUAUGGAAGAAUUCGAAGAGUCAAUUUCCUAUAUUGAAAAAGCAAUUAAAAUCAGUAAAAUGCAUGAUAUAUUCGAAUUGACACAUUUGUGCUACAUUUCGAUGAGUUUGCUAUAUUUUUAUAAAAAGCAUGACUCGACAUUGGCGCUACGCUACUGUAACUUAGCACUGGAAGUGGCGAAGCGGUUGCCGAAUAGGGUCAAGAAAAUAUGUGAGACGUUAAUUACGAAAGCAGAGAUUUUGAUUAAAGAUGGUGACUUUGCUAGUGCGAAGCAAAUAUUAACUAAAGCUUAUAAGAAGAAUACACCCGAUGAGAAUGAUCGUAUCGCAAUUGAAAAAUCUCUACGGGUUGUUGUAAAAAUUUGUCAACUCUUGGAUGAGUUAGUUACAACCAGCUCUAUAGACUAUUCAAAUCGAAAAGCUUUAUAUGAGAAACUAGGCGACGGAUGUUGUCAACUACAAAACUACUCUAAAGCCAUCGACUAUUACCACCAAAUGUUAAGUUGCGCUGAAAAAAAUUCAGAGCCAGAAAAGAAUUUUAUACCUAUUUAUGUUAGUCUCUAUCAGACAUACAAAGACAAUAAGGAAUUCGAUCAAGCUCUAUUGUUUCUGUGGAAGGAGUAUGAGCUUAAUAAAGAUGUACCUUCGGAAGCAUUUUCAACGCUCUGUGCCAUUGCCGAGGUAUGUGAGCAGCAGCGGCAAUCGUUUUGGACAAUACAGGAUAUUUACCAAAAAGCAAAACAACAAGCAGAAAAAAAUAUAAAUGAACGUGAAAGAGCAAAACAAGAACGUGUGGUUUUUGUGCGUCUGAAAAGGCUAAUGCUGAAGCAUAAAAUGCAAAUGCUAGCAGACGAAUUACUAACAGAAGCGAAAGAAAAAGGUAUUACAUUAAAAGCUAAUGAAGACGAAAGUGAUACUGAGUCCGAAGCAGACACAGCCGUAGGAAACGAUGAAAAUACGCCUGAGUUGGGCGACGAUGUUUGCCUUGAGGAUCUAACCGAUUCGGAUAUGAGUGAUUUAGAUGAGACAGAAAAACCAAGACCUCAUCGAGCAACGCGUGGAGUGCGUGCGCUCACAAUUAAACGUAAUAAUAAAGGUGAAACACAACUACAUCAAGCCUGUAUAGCGGGAAAUGUUGAACUAGUACGGCGACUCCUUGACCAGGGGCAUGUUGUGAACGUGCGCGAUCAUGCUGGUUGGAUUCCAUUGCAUGAGGCUAGUAAUCAUGGAUUCCGGGAUAUUGUGGAAUUGUUAUUGGACCGAGGAGCAGCUGUUGCUAUUAAUGAUAAGGGUGGUUUGAGUUGCGAUGGCAUUACUCCACUCUACGAUGCCUGUUCUAACGGAUAUCUUGAUGUAGUUGAGCUGUUAUUGGAUCGUGGUGCUGAUACCGCAAUUAAAACUGACUUUGGAGAAACUUGUCUGAAUGGUUUGGAUAAAUGGCGACGUUCUGCAACCUUAACAGAAGGGGAGCAGGCACAAUAUGAAAUUAUUAGGUCAAGGCUAUUGACAACACUUUCGAAAACUGGAAUUUGUAAAAAACUAGCUACACCUUUAACAAAUGCUGAAGUUGAGAGCCCCACAGAUAGUGACACGGAUAGGGAAAAUACGACGUUAGUAGCUGAUGAAAUUCAAUUAUGCGGUUCUAAACGGGCCAGUCUUAACUGUUCUGGUGAAAAUAAAAAGGAGUCAAACAAAAAAUCGCCUCGUGAAAAAUCUGCUGGUAUUGAGUAUAAAACAAUAAUGGCGCAAUUGAAGCAUCCGAAUCGUGUACCCACAUUGGAUGAUAACUCCUUUGAGAACCUAAAUAGUGCUCCCAGCGGCUCAAACUCUUUAAAAUCUCGCCGCAGCGCUUUAAUGGAUGAAGACGAGGUAGAUGAUAGUGAUUGGUUGAUCGAUGAUUUAGGUCCAGAGCGUAAAAAACGACGUUUCCAUACUCCAACCAAAGAAACGACAACUACAUCGAAAGAAAAUAUUAAUAUAGAUCCAAUGCAUUCCUUUUGGAAUGCUGAUGAUGCUGUAACAUCUGACGAUGCCUUUCAAGUUUUAUUUGAUGCAGCAACAAACACAACUAAACAGCAGCGUCAAAAGCAAACGAGAAAGUUGCGAUUAUCUGGUUCAUCCAGUAUUAGUUCAUGCUCAAAUUUGUCAACCAAUAAAAGUGGUAAGACAAAACAACAAUCGUCACUUCUAGAAAAUGGUUUUUGCCGUUUUCGUAGCGAGAGUCCUAGAUUUGGUGAUAAUUCCAAUGAUAUGCUCAAUACCGAUUCAUUUACUAACGAACCCGAUUCCACCACAACAUCUAUACAUUUACUUAUUUCGCCUUCCAAAUCAUCGCCAAUCAAAGUACAAACUACGCAAGUCAUACCAACAACAACUUCGUUUAAAAUAAAAGUUGAAAAUGAAUUAUUGUUAGUGCCAAUUGAGCGUAAAAAACUGAAUGACAUUAAUAUACGUUGGCUGGCGGAGGAGGCUGCUAGGCGCUAUUAUAAUUUGGUGGGAUUAAAGCCGGUGUUACGUUUAAAAACCGCUGAUGGUUUUGCAUACGAAGAAAAUGACUCAGUAAAUGUGGCGAUCGAACAGAAUAUGAUUUUGGCAACAGUACUGGAUUGGCAGAUAUCGCCACUUCAACAGCGCUAUGAGGAAAUGUGCCAUCAAUUGAAAAAUGAUGUAAAUAGUGAAAUUUUAACUGCAUUGGAACAAACUCAAAUAUCUAAUGUCAUCAACCUUGCAGACGCUUGGUUACUGCCACCAGCCACCGAACCUCUUUUCAAAGCCGUUUUGCAUCAGACCAAUCUUCGCGUAAUUAAUUUACAAAAUAAUUUUAUACAAAAUGAAGGUUGCCGACAAUUGGCCAAAUCCCUACCGACACUGAAGCAGCUAAAGGUAUUGAACUUGCAGGGCAACUUCAUAACUUUGGAGGGAGUAGAAGCGCUGCUAUCAAUGCCAGGUGGACUGGAAGAGUUGGAAGAACUGAACUUGAGCCAAAAUCCGCUGGGUAAUGAUAGUUUAAGAGUUUUAGAAAGGUUUUGCAGUAGUAAUGCAGGGAAGUCAAUACAAAAACUUUCACUGUCGAAUUGUAAUUUAACGAAUUUGCACGAUUUUGAACUGGCCUACUAUCAGUUGAGUGCGAUUGAUAUUAGCUAUAACAAACUUACAAAUGACUCCAUGCGAAAACUACUAAAUAAAUUGAAUGCUUCCCGCCUAAAAGAAUUCAAUAUAAGUUAUACGCACGAAAGAACACGUACAGAUGAACGCAGUACCACUCUAAGUGCAGAGUGCAUAACAUCCUUCUUCGAAAGCGGCACAUGUGAGCAAUUUCGGUGCGUGCAACUCCGUGGCUGCCAUCUUAGUGAUAUGAACAUGUACCAAAUAACACAAAAUCUGCAAAAGGCGUCAGAUUUGGAACUGCUUGACAUGAGUGAUAAUGUUAGGUUAACUGCCGCUGCCUUACAAAUGGUAUUUACUAAGUUAACACAAUUACGUAAGCUAUGUGCGUUGAAUUGUGUGAACUUAAUAGACAACGAACGUUUAGAGAAAAUGGAGCAAAUGAAACAAAUUCCAAGCUUUUUAUCGCUAACAUUAGAAGACGGCCAUUACGCAGAGUACGAGCGACGACUACGCCAUCUUUGGAAACUGCAUUGGGGCGAUAAGGCUCAUUUCAAAUCAUACUGUCAAUAUCUGGUGCUAUACACAAAUGAAACGGAUCUUUUGCAGAAUUGGUGAUGAAGGCGAUGUUUAACCGAUUGUUGCUUCAAUAUCUAAUGUUAGAAAUAGUCUGUAGAUAAGAAUUUUGAAUAUUUUGACAAAUAUUCGCGUUUUAGACAAUCACAACAAUACAAAUGUGUAGUUCACAUGUAAUAGAUUAGUCUGAUAAGCGGCAACUAGGUGAUAAACAAUUUUUACCAUUUAAUUUUUUACUCUGAGCAAAAAUACAACAAGUUUUUUUUAAUUAAAUAUUGAUUUAAACAGAUCAUUGUGUAAAAGUGAAUUUCGAAUAAACAGGGUGCUGUCUGCCUGACAGAAGUAUAGUAUAAAAAAGAAAAAAAA